AUGGCCACUUCGAUCGCCUUUGGCCCGAGUCUGAGCGAUCAGUGCAUGACGAAGCCUCCAGAGCUAGUGGCCGAGGAGCCUCUCAUGGAUGAGAUGACCGGCAUGAUGCAGAAGCCGGCAGACCACCCAUUGAUCGAGGACGAGGACGAUUUUGAAGCUUUGAUCACGUUUCCCGACGGAGAAUUUGCGCGGGCGACAAGCACAAGCAAAGAUUCAACUGCUUCAACAGUGGAUACUGUCGGCUCCUCUAUGGACAGCGCCUCCUGGCAUCGUGAUCUUCCCCCAG